AAAUCGGCAAGAGUUCACUAAUAAUAAAAAAAGGAAAGAGAAGCUGUAUUACUGUAUUCUGUGUCCUGAUGGUUGUAAUAUUUCUUCAGUAUGCUAUUAUGUGAUCUUUCUUUCUUGUACAUCCAAUUGUCAUUCAUUAUUGUUUUUAGAUCACACACACGGCUGUGAUUUGCUCCUGACCUGAACGCCAGCACUGCGGUCACGUCUUGCACACGCUGAGAUUUUUUUUGACGUGUCAGACGCGCGCGUGAUGUCAGAGCAGAGGCGCGCGGGGCGCUGAGAUUCGCCCAGCGCUGUCCAGCUGAGCGCGCGACGCCUCCUGAUAAAGAGCUGCAGAGAGGCGCGCGCAGAGUUUACUCACCCACAGCAGUGCAUCAGGUUCAGGGGGGGAAGAGAGAGAGAGAGAGAGAGAGAGAGAGAGAGAGAGAGAGAGAGAGAGAAAGAGAGAGAGAGAGCAGGUGUGUGGAUUGACAGAAAACUAAAUCGAGCUGUUACCUGCUCUUCUCAUUUGCUUUGUUUUUCCUUCUGCCGCCGAAACUGUGAGUGUGGCCGUCGUGCCCUGGUGAGCAGGGCCGGAUAGACAGUAUUUAGCGCCGGUGAUUGUGCGGGCGGGCGUGCGUGCGCGCGUGUGUGUGCGCGCUUGCGUGCGUGCGUGCGUGUAUCACCGGAGUGGUUGUGCGCUCAGUGGGCCGCCGCGUUCGAUCAUGUCCUCACUUUCGACUCAGUGAGAGGAAUCAAACUUUAUCUUCAACAAGUCCUGCGCCUGUGGGCACCUGAUCCAGACGAGGCGCUCGUGUCCCGGGGUGAUGAUGGAGAGCGCGCUGUACCCCCCGGCGGGGAUAUUCGGCACCCCUUCACCGUCCACGGCAGGAGGAAGCGUGGUCACCAGCGCCAAACCCCUGGCGUUCUCGAUCGAGCGGAUUAUGGCCAGGACGCCAGAGCCCAAGUCGAUGUUGUCUCUGCCCAACUGUGUUCAGCACGGUGCCGCGGGAAAGGCCGACACACGGGCCUCCCUCGCUGUGCCUCCGUCCCCGCUGCACUGCGUGCUGCCGCUCAUGCCGCUCGCCUACGAGCCCGCGCACAAACUUCACAGAGUAGAAUCGAGCCGCGGCGAGCCCGAGUUUCCCUACGGCACCGGCGAGCUCCUGAGCAUCGGCGCCAACGCCAAGGCCGAGCAGCGGGACGCAGCACCUGCGAUCGGACAGUACAAACUUUUCCGGCCGCGGGUACUUUCGCACUCGUCCAUGCACACCGCUGCUGCCGCCGUGUGCUACGUGAACUGUGGCGAGAGCGCAUGCGCGCCUCCGCCCGCCGCCCUGCUAAACCUGCACCCGGUGGCCUCGUACCUGCUGAACAGCCCGUUACACCCGCGCCACAAAAACCUUCUGGGAGAGAAGAGCAGAGGCGCGCACGGCCUGGACUCGUACCCCGGAGCUCUGGCGCUAAAGGAGCUCUCGCACUCUCAGCUGCAGCACUACAUGAAGGAGAGCGCACACAUCCUGUCCGAGAAACUGUUCAAAAGCUCAGCCAAGUUACACAGCAGCUCUCCCCCAGCCAAAGCCAAAGUGUUCACGUGUGAAGUCUGCGGCAAGGUAUUCAACGCGCAUUAUAAUUUAACCCGACACAUGCCCGUGCACACAGGAGCCAGACCGUUUGUGUGUAAAGUGUGCGGCAAAGGAUUUCGUCAAGCGAGCACUCUGUGUCGUCACAAAAUCAUUCAUACUCAGGAAAAACCGCACAAAUGCCAUCAGUGUGGGAAAGCGUUUAACCGGAGCUCGACUCUGAACACACACGCGCGCAUCCACGCCGGAUACAAACCGUUCGUGUGUGAAUUCUGCGGGAAGGGAUUUCACCAAAAAGGCAACUACAAAAACCACAAACUGACGCACAGCGGCGAGAAACAGUUCAAGUGCAGUAUUUGCAACAAAGCCUUUCACCAGGUCUACAACCUGACUUUCCACAUGCACACGCACAACGACAAGAAGCCCUUCACCUGCCCCACAUGCGGCAAAGGCUUCUGCAGGAACUUCGACCUGAAAAAACACAUACGAAAACUGCACGACGCUUCACCGGACCCGCACUCACCGGGAACCCCUUCAGAGCAGCGCGAGGCCCCGUGAACACUGCGCGCGUGUUUAUGACCCACGCGACAGUCCAGGCUGCUCAGUAGGGCACGUGCUCCCCACUAUGCAGACUGUGCGGGUUUGAACGCUUUACUGUUCCUGCUGGUUCUGACACACCAGACUCUUUCUCAACAAACUGCACUCCUUUAUCCUGCAAACAAACCGCUCGAUUAUCUUUCGUUUUUGUUUGUUUGUGUGGGUUUUUUUUAGAAUCCUUAGUAAAAAAAUACAAUGAUACCAUUCUUUUCACUCUCAGGGUAUGUAAACUGCGUGCUAUAUGGUUUAUUACACACCUUUAUUGACUCUUUUAUUAUUUUGUCUAAAAGAAAUGCAUUUUUUUAACUUAAAGAGAGUGAGUUGUAAACAUCAUUAGGCUUAUUUCUGUGACGGCGCUUUAUUUUCUUCAUUGUGUACAAUAUCACAUAUUUAUAGUUUGCUGUUCUUUAUCAGCCAUGCUGUUACUGAUUAUUUCGGUUAAAUCGUCGUGAAUUAUGCAAGAGUUUGUUGUAUAUAAUUAUCACUGGCUUCAGAUUUCUCAUCAAAACAACAUAUAAAUCGUUAUAACGAGGGGAAAAUACAAAUAAAUAAAAAAAACUUA